UUUUAACUCAUUUCGCGUCAUUGUAACGUUUUUGUUUCCGUUUCCGUUUUGAAAGGAAGUUACUGGACUCUGGUGGACUCUUGAAAUUUAGUUUACCAAGUCACCUGAAGUACCGACAGCAAUGGACAGCGCAAUAUUGGAACCUUCUUUGCUUACAGUUAAGGCAGUCCUCAUCAUGGACAAUGAUGGAGAGAGACUGUAUGCCAAGUAUUACGAUGAGACAUACCCCAGUGUAAAGGAACAGAAAGCCUUUGAGAAGAACAUCUACAACAAAACACAUCGAACAGACAGUGAGAUUGCGCUUCUCGAAGGUCUCACUGUGGUGUACAAGAGUAGUAUUGAUUUAUAUUUCUAUGUGAUUGGAAGCUCACAUGAAAAUGAGCUAAUGCUUAUGGCGGUCCUGAAUUGCCUGUUCGACUCCCUCAGUCAGAUGUUGCGGAAAAACGUAGAGAAGAGAGCUCUGCUGGAGAACAUGGAGGGGCUGUUUCUGGCUGUGGACGAGAUUGUUGAUGGCGGGGUGAUCCUGGAGAGUGACCCUCAGCAAGUGGUGCAUCGCGUGGCUCUGCGGGGUGAUGAUGUGCCACUUACUGAACAGACAGUUACUCAGGUUCUCCAGUCGGCCAAAGAGCAGAUCAAGUGGUCCCUGCUGCGAUAGGCUGCACAGGUGGAUGCCAGGUGACUAAAGGAGAGUGCGGAGUAUCUUCAUUCCACUCCAGAUGUUUUCCCACAGACAAGAUGCCGCUCUCUGUGCGUCGUUUAAAGGCUGUUUGCAGCACCUCUGACAACAGCAACAGGGUUUAUAUGAAAGAAAGGCAGCACACAAAACACCACAGUGUUGUAAUUUCUUGGACCUGAAUCAGUCAUUCCUUGUUUGUGUUUGUGUUUGUGUGUGUGUGUGUGUGUGUGUGUGUGUGUGUGUGUGUGUGUGUGUGUGUGUGUGUGCACAUGCAUGCACAUACGUUAUAAUGUGCCUGUGUGCCUAUAUGAUUAUGUUAAUGCAUACAUAGCUGUGAGUAAAUGUUUGUCAACUUCUCACCCAGUCACAGGUGAAAGCUGUGGAAUGAUAUCCUGGACUGUUCUGUUUUGUCCACUACUGUCCAUUUCACAGGCUGUGACUGUACACUAUCUUUCAAGACCUUUAUAUUUUGAUAAAAAUUAAACUAAAUAUUGUUUCUGUCA